UUUAUGGCCACCAAAAAGGCUCAAAGGUAUCAGCACCAGUCAAAUCUGAAGUGCAAAAGGCAAUUCCACCGAUUGAAGUGCCUACACUGUCUUUGGAUGAACUGAAAGAGAAAACUGACAAUUUUGGAUCAAAGGCAUUGAUUGGGGAAGGAUCAUAUGGAAGAGUUUAUUUGGCAAACCUAGACGAUGGAAAAGCUGUGGCAGUGAAAAAGCUUGAUGUGUCAGCAGAGCCCGAGUCAAAUGCUGAGUUUUUGACUCAGAUUUCCAUGGUUUCACGACUGAAGCAUGAAAAUCUUGUCGAGUUGCUUGGUUACUGUGUGGAAGGGAAUCUCCGUGUGUUAGCAUAUGAGUUUGCAACUAUGGGAUCUCUACAUGAUGUUUUGCAUGGUAGGAAGGGAGUGCAGGGGGCGCAGCCAGGUCCUGCACUUGAUUGGAUACAACGGGUGAGAAUUGCUGUUGAUGCAGCGAGGGGACUGGAAUAUUUACAUGAGAAGGUCCAAUCCUCUGUAAUCCACAGAGAUAUCAGAUCUAGCAACGUGCUUCUAUUUGAAAAUUUUAAAGCCAAGAUUGCAGACUUUAACCUUUCAAAUCAGGCUCCUGACAUGGCUGCUCGCCUUCAUUCCACCAGAGUUUUGGGUACUUUUGGUUAUCAUGCACCAGAGUAAUGCUCUUGAAACUCAUUUCACUUGUUUUUAUUGGGCUGCUAUCAUUUAGAAAAUGAGUUAUUCAUGUCGGCCCUGGAUUUUCUGAUAACCCUUUCAUGACAUACGGUCACACAAGCCCCAUAAAUUUGCCUUCCAAUCAGUUCAUUGAGCUGACGUCAGACAAUCCCAGUCUUGUUGGCAGAUCAUAAUACAGAUGAAUUUUGCUUUCAAGCUUCGACUGUCCAAUGAAGAAAUAAUGUGUGUUGUCACUAUAAGUUGGGUUUAAUCUUCAUAUGGAGCAAGCUUUGUCAAUUCGGGGAAUUUUCAUUUGCAUAAAUGUUCCUAACUGUUGUUCUGGUAAGGGGUUUUUGUAUGUUUUGAUAGUCCUGUGAAAGCGUAUUUUGCAAUAUUUCAGAAUCUCUACUAGUAAUAUUUAGUGGCGAAGCUUCUCUGAAUUAAAGUUUUGAUGCUAUUUUGUAGGGCCUAACAAAUUGGGAGUUUGUAAUUCAUUCAAAUUAGCAUUAGGACUGAACUGGUUUAUGACCUAACUUAUCUGUUCUGCCUUUUUGACAUUGCUUUGGUAUUCGUUUGUGUUAAGAGAGGUAUUUCUUACUGUUUUACUUUGCUAUUAUGCCGCUUUCCUAUUAUGUUCAAAUUUACUAAUAUUGUAAUUGUCUCCAAUAUCAAUCUAAUAUAAAUAGGUCUUAGGAUGUAGGCAGUUUUUUAUAAUCUCUUUCUUCCUCUCUUUUCUUUUCCUAAACCCUAAUAUUCAAUUAUUCUAUUUUCAUAUUGGUAUCAGAUCAAGAUACUUGAGUGAGUGGGACCCUAGGUGAGUAGGACCUUUGCCAAGUGCCUCACUUGCCUAGGGGUUGAGCCGGCUCUGCAUGCAUCAAGUUGUAGUCGUCUUUAUGUUUGUCAGCUGUUGUUCUCUGUGUUCAACUCGGUUUAAUGCUAGUUCCUUACUUUUCGGCCCAGAUUGUUUCUAGUUUAAUGGUUUUCCUCUCGUUUCAAGGCUAGUUCAGUGUUUUCAACCCGGUUUAAUUGUUUCUACCCCAAUUUGAUGCUAGUUUAGUGAUUUUCAUCUUGAUUCAGUAUCGAUUCAUUUUGUGUUGGUACAAUGGGUUUUGGGAUACUUUGGUGCUGGUUUUAUAGUUUCUAAGCUCAUUUCAUUGUCGAUUCAGGCGUUUUAAGUUUGAAUGAGUGGAGAUUUUAGGGUUUUCUGUCUGGUUUAGUAUUAGUUUUGUGGUUUUUAGCACUGGUGCAACUCCUUUUUGGCUUAUUCAACCUUGAUUCUACUUGGUUUUCUCUAUUUUCGAUUGUUGUGGUGGAUUUGUUGUUGCCUAUGUUCGUUGUAGUGGUGUUGCUUGUGUUCAUUUGUGCUAGUAUUGUUGUUGUUCAGCUUUUGUCUUAGACUUCCCGUGGAGGUAUAAACCUUUGGCUUGGGCGGUUCUGAGAGACUGAGACACAUUGGUCGCGGUGUCGCAAAAAAAUUUUUAGAUAGAAUUCUCAAAAAAAUCACAAAAAAUAAAAAAAUAUAUAAACAACAAAAUUCAUACAUCAUAGCUCAUUAAACAUACCAAAAUAAAUUGUAAGGAUGUUAUUGGAAAUAUUUGUUAUCAUCAAAAUUAAAAACUAUUUUGAAUUUAGAUAUAUUAUCAAUGCUCUAAUGUAUCUUUGAUAUUUAAUUUUAAGAAUUCAAAAAUUAUAUUGCUAUAUACGUGUGGUUAAUGGAUAAGUAUGUCUAAAUGUCAUAUGUUCAGUUAUAUAUUGAAAUUAAAACUUAUUAUAUGUAACUCUUAAAUUGAUACCUAGUAUAUAAGUAAAGUAUAUUAUCAUAAUACAUAUACAACAAAAAUAUUGCAUCUACCCAAAAUAUUUAACUAUGUUUACCCCAUAAAAAAGGAAAAAGAAACCCACCCACCAAUGAUAGGGCCUUUUGAAUAUUUUACCAAAAGAGAGAGAGACUUUGAUACAGUGGACAAGACGAAUUCAGAGAAGAAAAUAUAACAAGAUGACGUUGUGCGUACAAAGUCACAAUGUUCAAAAAAAUAUAAACAACUAAAUUCAUACAUCAUCUAGCUCAUUAAACAUACCAAAAUUAAAUGUAAGGAUGAUACCAGAAAUAUUUGUCGUCAUCAAAAUUUUAAAAAUAUUUUUAAUUUAAAUAUGUUAUCACCGUACCUUUAAUAUUUAAUUUUAAGAAUUCAAAAAAAUAUGAAAAUAUUAAAAAAAUUAUAUUGAUAUAUGUGUGGCUAAUUGAUGUACAUGUCUAAAUGUCAUAUGUAUAGUUAAUAUAUAUUAAAAUGAAAAAUUAUUAUAUGUAACUCUCAAAUAGAUACCUAGUAUACAAGUAAAGUAUUUUAUGAGGAGACAUGUACAACCAAAAUAUUGCACCUAUCCAAAAUAUUUACCUAUGUUUUACCCCAUAAAAAAAGGAAAAAGAAACCCACC